UGUCCGGGGCGGAGACAUGAACCUUUGGCUGUUCCUGUGGUUUAUGGCAGCGUCCUGCCUUCUAACAAGUGGCAUCAAUGAGACCUACGCCGUGUCCAGCGUCUGUCCGAUGAAAAACCAUGAUGUGUCCUGUCAAUAUCGAAACCUGACCAAAGUGCCUGAUCUCUCACUGCUGACAAUUAAAAAGCUCGAUUUAUCUUACAACUCAAUCACAGCAUUGACAGAGGAAUCACUGCUAAACCUCAGUUCAUUGCAAUACCUGGAUGUCUGUUGUAACCAGCUGAAAACCAUUGCAUCAGGUUCUUUGGGACAUUUACAUAAACUGAGAGUACUUAUUUUGUCAAAUAACCUGCUGAACAGAAACUUUUCAUCAAGGAAUGGAGCAUUCCGCCUGUUAAAGAAACUAAAAGUGUUACAUCUAUCAAACAAUUAUUGGGACAGUGACACCGUUGCUGAACAGCUGAAAAACCUAUCUUCACUGGAAGAAUUAAAUUUGUCUGGUAAUGUACUGGUGAAGCUGACAGCUGAUAUGCUUUGUGGGAUGCAGUCUUUAAAAUAUAUCUCUCUUGAAGGAAAUUAUAUUACAGAAAUAUCAGCAGGGACCUUUGAAUGUUUAGCAGACUUGGUUGAACUGAAUUUAGCCAUGAAUUCUCUUGCCUGCAUUUCUGAUUUUCAUCUUUCUAAACUUAAAGUGUUGAACAUGAGCAGAAAUGGUAUUGAGUUCUUCAUAACAAAUAGAACUGAUGAAGAAUAUCAGAUUCAAGUGCUCGAUCUGAGUCACAACAGGUUGUUUCAUUUUCCACUUCUUCCAAAAUUUCAUCAGAUUAAAUAUCUGAACUUGUCUGGCAAUUUAUUGAUCAGUGUAACACCCAAAUCAUUGAAUGACUCAAUUGAAUGGGAUAUAAAAAACAGAUAUGAAGAAAUUAAUGGAAUAAGUAAACUACUCAACAACAAUGCAAACUCAACUUUGUCUGAAGUAAGAUUUUUGGAUUUAAGCAACAAUGCAUUAAUAGAUAUAUCACAUGGCUUUCUGAAUAAAUUCAGCUCUCUUCAACAACUGAAUCUAAGUGGGAACUGUCUUCAGAAUUUUAAUAUUGAAGAUGGAGAUGAAUUAAACUUGCUGUUAUCUCUGGAUCUGAGUGACAAUGAACUUACGAAUAUAUCGCUCAAAGUGGAUAGCCUCAACCUUCUCCAGUCCUUAAAGUACUUGUACCUUCAAAACAAUUCCAUUCAGUUAUUACCCUCCCAACUUUUUAAAGUCUUGCCAAGAAUAGAAAAAAUAAAUCUUGCCAACAACAAUCUAAGAAUUUGUAAUUUGAAGAAUAUAACCACGGGGACACACAGGAUCAAAACCAGCUGCGUGUCUUUUUCUGAAAUCCCUUCCCUUAAGUACCUCAAGCUGGACGGAAAUAACAUUACCCACCUGGCACCGUACACAUUCUAUAAAACUCCUUUGGUAUACCUGGACCUUUCAAGAAAUGAAAACCUUGAAGUGCCUGAUCAGGCUCUGAUAGGUUUAGAACACUCUUUGAAAUAUCUUUCUUUAAGGUGGAAUUUGAUCCAAACCUCCAAGGUAACUUUGACAUGUUUGAAUCACCUCAGAGAUCUGGAUCUGUCAAAUAAUCAGUUAGACAUUUUACCUUAUGGUACUGGAUGCGCCCCAUUGAAAAGCCUCGAUAUUCGAGGGAACAAUUUUCAGCUUCUUCAGGAUAAGGUCAUUAGAAAUCUGUCUCAAACUCUUGAAACUCUGUACUUGAGUGGAAAUGAUUUCGACUGUUGUGCAUUGACUUGGUUGGAGUUACUGAAUGGUACUAAGGUUGAAAUACCUGAUGUGGCAAAUACUCAUUGCUUUUACCCAAGUGGCAAUGAUUCUUCAAUGGUCAUUUCACUUCGCAAUCGCAAAGGGGAAUGUCCGAUUAAUAGCAUCAAGAAACCCAGUCCAUUUCUAGUUAUAAUAUCUGCACUGGCUUGCCUACUACUGAUUGGAUCGGUGAUAUCAUUAAUAAUGGGAGAAUGCUGCCGGCUAUGUCUGCCUGCUAAGGGGGAGAGUUCUGAGGCAGAUACAGCUCCGGUAAAAAUCGACAGUGAAUGCCAGAAAGAAGGGCUAACUCUAAGUGUCAUUAAAAUAGAAACUUGAAAUGGAGCGAUGGACCGUUGAACCAGGCUAAGAACAGUACAUAAAAUCCAACAGCACCUCUAAUGAAGACUUCAUCUUUAACUGGGAAGUAAACCAACUGGAGGAUACAAUGUCAAAUAAAGAUUAGUUGUGGGUCUUGCCGCAGAACUGUAUUCAGUGUCAAAAAACAUGAUGCUUUGAUAAUGUUAAGACUUUAUUCCCAACCACUCUGCAUUGGUUUCCUCGACCUUUUAGAAUUGAUUUUAAAGUUCUCUUACUUGUUUCUAAGCUCCCAAUGGUCUGGGACCAGAGUACUUCACAGAAUUGCUUUGGUUUUAUAAUCCUGCUCGAGCUUUCAGGUCUUCCCUGCUGAUCUCUUAAAUUUGAACAAUGGCCCUCAAAAGAUUAUUGUCAGGUCAGCUUUUUUGAGCUACACUCCUAAACUGUGGAAUUGAAUACUUACAAUUAUAGGGGAUGCAGGCUCAGUUAACACUUUUAAGCACCAGCUCAAAACUUGCUUUUAACUAACAUCUUUUUGUCUUUUCACGUAUGCACUUUACCUCAUUGUAAAGCACUUCGAACUACAUCAUCUGUAUGAAAAGUGCUCAAAAAUAAGUUAUUAUUAUUAUUAUUAUCUAUUAUUUAUUACUGGGAGUUGCACCAGGCCUUCAGUUUUAUUUCUGGGAACUCCAUCCAUCUGUCACCUCGACAACUGGAGAUGUUUUGAUUUGAUGUGUACAAGGACAUCCCAUCUGUAGCCCAUUCAGGCAGAAAUAGUCUUUUAAUGCUUGUGAGGUCUUCUUUGUGACUAUGUUAAAGAGACCUGCCUAGGCAGUGUACACUGGAAACUGAUCUCAGGUGGGUCCCUUAAGUAACCUGACAACCUUCUUUCAUAAGUACUUCACUGUCCUGUUGUCAGUAGUGAUCCCACUACUCCCCCACUACCCGAUCAGAUGCUACUCACUAAUCCGAAGAACAGACUGCUGACCUGUCCUCAUAGAUCAAACACCAUCCCCAGCAGACAACUCUAACUUCAAAACUCCUCCUUAUCUUCAUUCUGACCCAGCUACCUCCUGAUUGGGAUUGCUCCUCUACCUACAGAUCUGGCACUAAUUCCUCUAAGAACUGAUACCAGUGUAGUGCUCUCAUCUUCAGGUCUUUGUAUUACUAAAUGCUUCCUGAUUCUCCUUCUAUAGACUGAGUUCCAAUGCUAACAUGGUUGAGGUAAGCUCUCUGAGAGAAGUACUUAAGUACUUUCAUAUAACAAAAUCAAACAUACCCUGAUGAACAGGGGGCACAAGGAAAUAUUUGGUGCAAGUUUAAAUGGAAUAUUCAAAGUGUUCAUGUUAAUGUUUAAGUAACUAUUGUUAAUGCCUGGAUUAUUAUUAACUUGGGACUCUUGAAGUUCACUAUUAAAUUCUCACUAAUGGUUUUUCAGCAUUUCCUAUUGAGUUUCCUUUGCCACAAUGGAAACCUCAGGAAAAACUCAACUAUAUUUUUAUCUGAAAGGGAAACACUAUCCACAGCACUACUGAAUGAAAUAAUAUGUGUUUAUUCAUGCAAAUAAUUGUGCAGAAAUAUUAACUUUCAGGAGUCUACAUUUUCACAGAUUAACAGAAUUAAAUUAUUGCAAAAUAUUUUUCCACUUAAAAUAUAUUUUCUUAACAUAAUGAGAAAAAGCAAAUGGUUCAAGUGGAAGUGACUUGGAACCAUUUCUUAUCCAGUGCUUUAAGGAUUUAUAUACUUGUGUAUAUAAGAUUUCAAGGAACCUUAAUGGUUUUCAAUAUUUGAAAGCUCUUUAAAUGUAUUGUUUAGGAGAUGAAUAUGUCAUAUGUUGUUCAGUACUAUUCGAUUUUAAAGUUGGAAACUUGCUUCAUAUUUCCAAAAUAUUUCCAGAACUACUUUGUUUCAUUGCUUGAAAAAUGAGGAAUUGUGAUAUUUUAUAGUAUUUGCACACUCUUAAGGUUGAUAAUCUGCCUCAGCCUCUAAAUAGGUUAUAUAGACUAUCUAAAUCUAGCAGUUUUAUAUGCAGAUUCUUAACAAUGAAGAAGUAGAAAGCCUGCUUAUUUUAAGUUUUGGAAAACAAUUAGCUUCACUGUUGUAUUAAUACUUGGCAAUUCCUUUUGGAUGUAACCAACAUAAACAUAAAACAAAGCAAAUUCACUAAUCACAAAGUAUUGGUUUAUUCAGAAAUUUUCAGGAAUUCAAUGGUUGUGACACAUCAUAUUAUGACUUUCUGAUAAAAAUAAUUAGCGUGCUUACUACUUAUGGAUAGGGAAAGCAUACAUAUUGAGAUUUCCACAAUAAAAGAUCAUUUGGCACAAUAUCACAAAGGUAAUUUUGGCCCUCUGUCAUUCGAAUUUGCUUCAGAAUUGUAAAAGUGUUAAAAUGAGCAUUUCUUUAAUCCAAUUGCCCAUCAGUAGGUACUUCUCGAAAGUAGACAGUUAUGAACCUUGGGUGAAAUCAGGAUUGGCUUCCACAAUAACUACAUGUGCUGAUGAAUUGGCUUCUUAACAAGCUGCAGAUAUAAAUUAAUGGUGUACCAAAGUACCAUGCCAGCAAUGAACUAAAACUUGGUCUAGUGCCAUCUUCAGAGAAGAAGGAAAUAAAUAUAUAAAAAUUGUUGGCAUGAAAUUUAAGGAUGUAGCAUCAGUCUUUAAGAAUCCUUCUAACAAAUUAUUUUAACAGCCAUUUAAAAAUAAAUUCCACCCGCAUCAACUGCUUUUAUUUACCAUUUUAUGCACUGUAUUUGAAUUAUUUGUACUCUUAAUUUAUUUGAUAAGGAAAUAGCAUAUUACUGUGAUAAAUUCAAACAAAAUAUCAUAGUGUUGAUAGUAAAUGUUGUAUUUCAGGUUUUGUGUCUCUUAUCACAUAGCUUGAAAUGGGUUAAAAAUGACAACCAUAUCUUUCAUUGAGAGUCCUAUUUUUAUGUGUAUAUAUCAAAAUGUUUGUAUAUAAAUUAAUAAAAAUUUUAUUAGGUAUUUUGAUAGAAAAUGCAAUUAUAUUUAACUGAACAACUUAGUUUGAGCCACACAGGUGGUUAAUAAGCACAUUUAUAUUCUAUUUGUUCUUUCUACAAAAAUAAAA